AGCUGGUAUAGUCAUAAUUAAAAUAGGAACUUAUAAGAAGAUGGAUCGUUUUUCAACUUUUUCCAACACAGCUAAAAGUAUCUUUUAUAAUCCAAACGGUACUGGAAGAGAUACAUAUAUUCAUUCUAACCAUGGUGGUUUUGCUGUAACUAAAGAAAGAAACGCUCAACCGGAUUGUGGAGCAAUGAAUUCCAAGGAAGUUCAUUUAACUACAAGUUCCCCGUAUAUUCACUCUAAACCUGUACAUUAUUCAACCAACGGAACUGGAAGAGAUACUUAUAUCUCUUGAUCAAGCGGUGGUCUUUACUCAUCAGAUAAAGCAGGAUCCGGAAGAGACACCUUCUUUAAUUCAUUAAGAAAAUAUGAACCUAGAGGAUCUUCUUUUGAUUCCCCAGUACGCUCAAACUCCCCUUUCAGAGCAAACUUAAAGACUAUAAGAUCAAAUCAGCUUUCUAUGACUAGAAGACUCUCAAAGCCAAAGUUUAUCUCCCCUAAGAAAACUAUUAAGCAGUAAUAGAUACAUUAGGGCCCGCUUAAGGCUCCAAAAACCACUCAAAAAGUGUAAUUCUGC